UGUACUGGUGUGAGAGGUACCGCUGAUAAAGAAGCUAUGGUUCUAUCUAUCGUAAAAAGUCAUACAAAUUUUGUUCAGAAAACAACUUUAUAUCUUCAAUAGGUUUUAGGAUAGUAUUAGAGUAGAGACAUUUGUGUAGAAAGUCUUAAUCCUUAAUCUUAAGUUAUUAUAGCGAAAAAUUAGUGCUGAAUUUCGGUGCUUAGCCGGUGCUUUCGUCUCGGUUACUUUACAAACGUGCAAUUUGUUCAAAAACGUGAUCAGAAAUUGCAGAUAUUCCUUGUUAGUUGGCUAGUGUAGUUAUUAAAUUUAUUUAUCCAUGGCGUCUAAUCAGUGGUUGAAUUUGAUUAAAAGUGCUAAGAAAACAGCAAUUAUUCAAGAUGGAAAAAGAAAAAUUCAUUUUUUAAUGGAAGAUGACAGGGAAAUGGUAGAAGAAUAUCAUAUAGAAACUAAUGUGUUACUUCGAAGAGCUUGGAAAGAAACAGGUAAACUUGGUCAAAAUGUAGGCUGGAACAUAGAAAUUGGAGAUCCUGAACCUACACAAAAUAAUAUUGAAAUUUGUGGAAUUCAGGAAAGUUCAAGUAAUCCAUUUAUUACUAGAAGGAUAACAAAAACUUCACUUGAAUGGCGCAUAAGAAAUUUACCAUAUCCACAAAAUGUAUAUUCAGUAACGGCAGAGGAUGAUGGAACAAUAACUGUUCGUACAAGUAAUAAAAAAUAUUUUAAAAAGAUAAGAGUUCCAGAUUUAGAACGGGUCGGAGUAAAACCGGAACAAGACAGAAUAUCUUUUACACAUCAACACAAUACCUUAAUUAUUACGUACAAAAAGCCACCUGCGCUUUUGGAAUUAGAGAAAAAAGUGUUGAAUGAGAUCUUUCAACUGAAAGCAAGAAAAGAUGGUGACGUACAGUGUCCAACAAGUUAA